AUGAGUGAUGUCGAGGCAGUCUCUUUACCAGCUGCCCUGGACGUCGGUCAGAAUAGGCUUGCCACGGUAAAGCCAGAUCCUGUUGAUCCUUCAUCACCGGGCAGAGCUCGUGCAGACUCUUACCCACGGGUUGACAGCGAUGGACUGACACGUGUACAUUCAGAAGGGGAGGAGGAUGGCCCUCCUAGUCCUAGGGCGGAUUCGGAGGCGGAGACAAUAAUUCAAUCAGGCCGAGAGUCCUUGUCGCCGGAGAAGAAAAGAAAACAUAUCAAGCACGACCUGAGUCGCCAUGAGCUCAACGGAACCGAUGGACACCAGCGAAAGAAACCAAGGGUGUUUGGUGACACUCGCGAACAUGAACGGGAAAAGGAACGGAGCCCUCUUUCUCCAAGCCACCGAGCAAUUUCGCCGUCGGUGGUCAAGAUUGAAAAGGUCGAUGAUGUUCAGAUGUCAGAAACGGAAGGCGUUCCCAAUGGGAUUGGCAGUGCAUCAGAGAUAGCUCGUGCUUUCCAUAAGCGAAGCUUAAGUGACAGUGCCGAGGAACAACGAGAUCGUCGUCGCGCAAACUCCCACACAGCAUCCCAUCCUGUGCGGGAACCUAAACAUACCAAUAAUACUCGCCUCUCCAGACCUCCAUCCAACACGCGAUCACUCUCACCCAGUCGACCAUCUCACCAACGAUCUGCUUCGGGCUCCCAGCUUCCGACGAAGAAGAAGGCACCAACCCCCGUGCUCACAGGCUCCGGGCGACAUAGCUCCGAGGAUAGACAAUCGACGUCCUCCUCUCAAAGCGGUUCUCCACUGCCGGGGGCGCAUUUGCGGAAGCUUGGCUCUGGAGUCGGUGCGUCCGCGUCGCCUGUUAAGCAAAUGGGACCGAAAAAAUUGCGUGACAAGAGUGGCCGGACUCCUCUUGCGCGAGCGUGCGCGGAUCGCAAACAUGAUCAAGUGAUGAGGCGCCAUGCCGAACGACCGGAAGACAUUAAUAUUCCCGAUAAUGCAGGCAACACCCCCCUGCAGAUCGCAUCGCUUGCUGGAGAAGCUGAAAUCGUCAAGUUCCUGCUAGACGCAGGCUGUGAGAUUAAUACUAAAAACAUUGACAAAGACACACCGUUGAUUGAUGCUGUGGAGAACGGGAAUGUGGAGGUGGUCAAACUUCUGCUUGAUGCAGGUGCAAACCCACGAACUGUGAAUGCUGAAGGCGAUGAGCCUUAUGAGUUGGUUCCGUCGUUUGUUGACGAUGACGAGUAUGACGAGAUGCGGAAAGCCCUUGCUGAUGCCAAGGCCAAUUUGCGGCCUGGUCGACGCUCAGAGGAACAUACAAGACCAGAGAGUAAGGAACCUUCUUCGCGACGCGCUUCGGCAGUAAGAGGAUCGGCAGCUAGCCCCCGAGAUUCGCCUCCGAUGCGCAGCCCUCCUCCAGUGAGCGCGGCAAAUCGACGAAAGGGUGGGCGAAGCGAAGCCACGAGGAAUGACCUUCUGUGGACGAAACCCACAUUCGAGAACCUUCGAGAGUUUGCUGCCAAAGGUGAUGAGGCUGGGGUUGUGAGCAUUCUGAAUAUCUUGCAGAAAGCUGACAAUGCUUCCUUGAUUGCUGCGGCAAAGGGUGGCCACCACGAUGUCCUCUCUCUUUUGUAUGCGAUGGGCAAUGCAGACGCCGAUCCAAACCCGCUGCGUGGGCAAAAACCGGGUUACAACACACCUAUGCUUGCUGCGAUUGGUCGUGGAAACAGCGCUGUUAUCCAGCUUAUCUUAAACCAACCCGGAUUCAACCCCACGCGACGACUGUUUGAAGAAAGGACAUAUUUUGAAUUGUCUCGGGGUCGACAGGGUGAGAACUGGGAGGAUGAGUACCAGAUUCUGAAGGAGGCGUAUGAAAGGUUUGCAGGUUCCGAUAAGGGUCGCAAAGACGACUCACCCCGCCGUGCUCGUGGAAAAGAGAAGGAGGAGAAACGUCCCCCACGCAGAGGGUCUUCCUCCCCCGUCGCGCGAAAAAAAAACAACAGCCCAAACGCCAACAGAAAUCGCGAUUCUUUGAAAGAAAUGGAUCCAGCCAAAGAAAAGCGUCGUCAAAAAGAACACGAUUCAUCACGACCAUCGGAUUCCUCCAAACCCAAAUCUUCGUUAUCCGCCAGACGAGACAGCGAGUCUAGUGGGUUGGCACCCAACGAAGAUAUCCGAAAGAGACGACUCAUUGCUGGACGUCGCCCCCAGGAGCGUAGACCGAGUCUCUUUUCGUCUGAUUCGUUCUCUGGACGUGAAGAGGCACCGAAGCCGCGUGUUGAUGCAGUAUCCGACAAUAUGUUGUCUUUGAAGCGCAUUCGCACUGAUGGAUCCCCGGAACGAUCUCGUUCGCGCGGCACAGAUGGUGAUCGCUUAUCUCCUGAGUCGCGCAAAAAGAAGAGACGUGUUAUCUCUGAAGAUAAGUCAUCUGGUGCUACACAUGGUGCACCGAGGCAACCUGAUGAUGCCAGCAAACCCCAUCCUCGUCGACCUUACGAUGAAUCUGCUCGGGCUGUUGAACCUCAACCACACAAAUCAACCGACACCUCUAAGAAACCCCCAACCCGCCCGAAUUCACCACGUCAUGAUCCCAUCAAAAAGAACGGCGAUACGAAAAAGGAAUCGCACGAGCCCAGAGUCGACACCAUGGAAGACACAAUGACCGUCGCGAAACGUAUCGAGCUUGAAGCCCAUGAACGUCGAAAAGCGCAGGCCAAGAAGGCGCAAGAGGAGCGUGCCGCAAAUGAAAAGCGUGUUGCAGAGGAAGCCGAACGCGAGCGACUUGCCAAAGAAGAAGCCGAACGAGUGGCCCAGGUUGAAAAAGCUGAAGAGGAAGACCGCAAACGCAAGGAGGUUGAACAACGACGCGCUAAACAAGCCGAAGAUGAUCGUCUGAAGCGAUUGGAGCAAGAACGCGCUCGAGCUGCUAAGAUCCGCCGCGAUCAGGAGGCAGCAGAGCACCGACGUCGUGAGGCACUUCCCAGUCGCCUUCGUGUUUCAGCGAACCUCGUGGGCUCCAAUAAUCCCCGUGCGAAAAGCCAUGACUGGCUCAAGUCUUUCAUGCCUCUUGUCACUGCUCUCACACGUCAACUCGAUCCUAGCUGUGGCAUGGAUGUCGCCGACGAGAAAUGGAUCCCGAACUACUUGGUUGCGCCUCUUCUGGCUACCAAUGAUCUCCAACUUUCGCAAUACGCCAGCUGGGAGAAGCGAAAGGCAACACCAACUCAACGUGUGAAUCUGUGGCGAGUCACCCGUCGCAUGUUGACCCACACAGAUGAUGUUGGGUUCCAAAGCUCGAGCAUCGGACAGAUCAUGCAGAAGGAUUGUGACACGCGACCCAAGUAUUUCGAGAUGGAGCAUGUCUUCUGGAUCCGACUCUCUGAUUUCACGGACCUCGUCCCACACAUUCCCCACCUGCAUGGCUUAGAACUGCAGUUCUUGAACAUGCACGUCGAUCCGGAGCCCCCGAUGGCUGGCGCAGGCUUCAGCACUCCCCAGCUCAAUGGCCAUGGCCUGGGAGCCUCAGUCGAAACCAACGGAACCGGGCUCAAUGGUUAUGGCCCUUCUCGAUCUAGUACAUACGUCUAG